GUCGGAAGCGUUCGCACCAGCCGGCCGGCGGCCAGGGCAGCGGCGGCGGCGGCGGGCAGGACGGGCGCGGACACGUUGGGCCGGGGAAGGCUGCGCUCCCCUGACGCCCUGCGAUCCCGCCCCGAGAGCUCGGUCGGGGUGCAGAGCCCCGACGCUGCCCUGGCCCGGAUUUCAUUCCGCGUUGGGGGGCUCGGCGGACGGAAUUCCGGCGGCGGCGGCGGCGGCGGCGGCGGCAGCGGCGACUCUGGUCCAAGGAGAGAGCAGCAUGAAUGACCCCUGAAUGUGCCUCUGGGAAGCUUUAGUCAUUUGUUUUUGAUUAAGAGGGAGAAGACCAUCAUCCAGUGACUGGCAGAAGCUUCUGUGCGACUGAAAGCAUCGUGGGUUUUCUGAAUUUCAAGAUCGCUGAAGUGGUCGCAUAGCAGAGCAUCUAAAGGACAGCAUAUUGGAAAAAGGAUCAAUGGAGAAAAAGAACAGGAUUCAGGUACAUCAUUGAGUCUUGGGGGACAUAGAAAGAAGUCUGAUGGGAAAACUGAUGAAGUAGAAGACAAGACUGACCUCAGGAAGUGUACAUGAAAAUAAUCUUAAAGGAACCCAUUGGUCAAUGCAAAACAGCCUCUGUUGUAGGUGAUGAGAAUGUACUGGAACAAUGGGAGAAGCCAGUAAGUUAUAGAAAACCAAGAUGACAAGAAUUUUUCUAAAUGAACAGUUUCUUUAAGUGAUGGUGCUUACUUUGAAGAAAAAGAGUCACUCACUUAAAAAGAAAGAAGAAUCCUGUUCAAAAAUGAGGUGAAUCCAUGCUCCGGCAUUCAGGAACCCUAGACAGCUUCAUGAGGUGUUUAAAAACUGCCCUGACCAUCUCGUCACGCAGGUCUCUGCCAUGAGGCCCAACGGGACAAAGGUGCCAAGGAGGGACAGUGUCUGGCUGUGGAGGCACAGUGACUGCUGACCUGCGGGAGCAAACGGGGACUGCAUGUUUCUGCCAGUACAAUGAAGGAAGUGGUUUAUUGGUCACCCAAGAAGGUGGCAGACUGGCUGCUGGAGAAUGCCAUGCCAGAAUACUGUGAACCUCUGGAACAUUUCACGGGCCAGGACUUGAUCAGCCUCACUCGAGACGACUUUGCAAAGCCCCCCUUGUGCCGAGUCUCCUCUGACAACGGGCAGCGGCUCUUGGACAUGAUAGAGACCCUGAAAAUGGAGCACCACAUGGAAGCACACAAAAAUGGCCACGCCAACGGGCACCUCAGCAUCGGCACAGAUGUCCCUGCCCCCGACGGCAGCUUCAGUAUCAAGGUCAAACCCAACGGGAUGCCAAAUGGGUAUAGGAAGGAGAUGAUAAAGAUCCCCAUGCCAGAACCGGAGCGCUCCCAGUACCCCAUGGAGUGGGGCAAGACAUUUCUGGCCUUUCUUUAUGCGCUUUCCUGUUUUGUUCUCACCACAGUGAUGAUCUCGGUCGUCCAUGAACGAGUACCUCCUAAGGAGGUGCAGCCUCCACUACCAGACACGUUUUUUGACCAUUUUAACCGGGUGCAGUGGGCCUUUUCUAUUUGUGAAAUUAACGGCAUGAUCCUUGUAGCACUCUGGUUAAUGCAGUGGCUGCUCUUAAAAUACAAGUCUAUUAUUAGCAGAAGAUUUUUCUGCAUAGUUGGCACGCUGUACCUGUAUCGAUGUAUUACAAUGUAUGUUACUACUCUCCCAGUACCUGGUAUGCAUUUCAACUGCUCUCCGAAGCUUUUUGGAGACUGGGAAGCCCAACUGCGGAGAAUCAUGAAGCUCAUUGCUGGUGGCGGCCUGUCAAUCACUGGCUCACACAACAUGUGUGGAGACUAUCUAUACAGUGGACACACAGUCAUGCUCACACUCACCUACCUGUUUAUCAAAGAGUAUUCUCCUCGACGACUCUGGUGGUACCACUGGAUUUGCUGGCUUCUCAGCGUGGUUGGAAUCUUCUGUAUUCUCUUAGCGCAUGACCACUACACUGUGGACGUGGUGGUGGCAUAUUACAUCACCACAAGACUCUUCUGGUGGUAUCACACUAUGGCCAAUCAGCAAGUGCUAAAAGAAGCUUCCCAGAUGAACCUCCUGGCCAGAGUGUGGUGGUACAGGCCAUUUCAGUACUUUGAAAAGAAUGUCCAAGGAAUUGUACCUCGAUCUUACCAUUGGCCCUUCCCCUGGCCCGUCGUCCACCUCAGUAGACAAGUUAAAUACAGCAGGUUGGUGAAUGACACAUAACAGCUGUAUGGAGUGGGGGAAAGAGAAAACUGUCCGAAGUGCUAAGAACUCCAUAAGAGAAGAUGCCAUAAAAUAAACACCUCCCCAAUCCUGUUCUCUUUCAACAGUUACCUUGACUUAACCUAUUGAGUUACCUGGUCAGCACUGUGAUCUUUUUUUCUCUCCAAAGGACCUGCGUUGGACAACAAUAAAGAAAAUUUAACCUAUCAUGCACUGUACACAUUUCCUGUUCAUAAGUUUGGGAUUUACAUACCCUGCAGCCACCGUGUUCCUUUGUAUAUGAUGCAACACAUAAAUGUAAGCUUUUAUAUCAUAAGUUCUGGUCUUUCCAGUCACACCUGGAAAUAAAGCGUAUUAUUUUCUUGGGAAAACAUACUUUUCAUAUCUCUUGCCCCAAAGAUUGGGCUGUAAGCCAUUUUCUAGCAAAUGUCUCUGAAGGUUUCUUAGUACCUGAAUGGGGUUUGAUUCUGAAAUCUUUUUACCUGUUGCACCGAUAUUCAAAUAAAAAUGAGACAGAGAAAGGUUUGGUAACUUUGGGUUUUGUAAAAUUCAGCAGAGACAGUGUGUCCAAAAGUGCAAAAAAAAAAAUCUGUUAUUAAGUGAUUUUCUAAGUAUUUCCUAACUUUAUUUUUCAAAAUGAUGUUAUGAAAACCAAAUUUAGGAUUUUUACAUGUCAGAGAGAAAAGAGUUGAAAUUUAAAGAUGCUUCUUGGGAGAGAAAUUUGUCUAUGUUUCUAGUGCCUUUCUUGUCUUGAUUGUAUGGUCAGUAGGCAAUCUUAAAUGUUUUUAUUUAAAAUAAAGUAUUCCAUAAAAAUAGAAAUGUAUGUAUACACAACUAAAUUUUGCAUUUAUAGCUAAAUUAAAUCAGAAUACUGCUUAUGGUUUUUAAAUUGCUAUGAAUUAAAGAAUGGGGAGUUCAUUGGGAAGUUCAAGCCUGUUCCCAUAUUGUGAGCAGGUGGCAACUCCACGUAAAUUAUUUUAUCACCUAUUUGGUAGUUCGAUUUUAACUAUACAAUGAAAACAGCCAUGAAUAUUUUUUAAAGAGAGUUUUGAAAAUGAUCACUUAUCUAAAACUUGAAAGCUAUACAUUAGUUAUCCAUACUCUCAUGACAAUUUUGUUGGUGAACAACAGAAAAGAUAUCUAUUUCUUUAAAAUAUAUUUGUGCAGAAACUGCAUGUAACUCUAAGUUUUACUCCUAACAUAAAUAUGUUUGGGGAAGUAUUCUAUUCUAUACUUGCCAAUAUGGAGAACAAAAUAGUUUUUUAAGAAUGAAGAAAUAUAUAUAUAUAUAUCCAUUCUGUAUUUUAUGUGCAGCAGAAUUAUCUUCCAUAGGGUUUUUUUGUGUGUAUGUAUUCACAAGGUGAUAUUUGUAUUGUAAAACAAUAAUGGUGAAGGAAAUAAAAAGGCUUUUAAAAUUUUGUUUGUUUAAAUCUUUGUAAGGUCAUUAUUCCAGUGAAUAUAUUGACAUCUUAACAGCUUAUCUAGAUCAUAAAUUAAUUAAAAUGCACUUUUUAAUAAAAACAUGUC